AUUAUCGCCACCGCCACACCGUCCCGUCUCGGGGGGGCCAAUUUUCUUUGGCUGGAAACAUGCCGUACCCUGUCCAUCAGCGGCGUCAAUUAGUCUUGUCCGGGGUAUCAUAUCAUGCAUAUGGCCUGAGAUCUGGAGGGUCCUCAGAGGAACGAGUAUUUUGAAGAAAAUGGGCCGGCGCCGGAAGAUCUCAAUGACAAACGCCAAAUGAUUCCACCUCUGGAAUCUCGGGCUCAAAUUCUCUCACAUACAUGACGCUUUGGACGAGCAUGGAGGGGGAAAUUGAACAGAUCGUGAUCUUCGUCUUUGAAAACCUGUUUUUGAACUCUCACUCACACACAAGAAAACAAUGGCAUCUGAGAAGAACGAUCACGGCGCUAGAGGUGGUGGUGGUACUAGAGCCAGAUUUCGACCGCCCAAAUGGUUUAUCAAAAGUAUCAAGAGACGGCAGACUUGGAAAACGUUCUUGAGAUGUAUGAUCACAUUGUUCGGGACAGUCGUUCUCCUUGUAUGCCGAAAGACGCUCGAGAUCCAGGGCAGGUCCGCCUACUUUGCCAUGAUGUUGUCGAUCACCGUGCCUCCCUCUAUGGCUUUGGGAAUCUUCAUUAUGUCGUUCAUGACCCUCGCUCUGGGUAUGAUGACGGGUUGGGCCUGGGGAGCGGCAGCCAUGAUUUCUGCAUUCAGAGCCAGGGACAAGACGUUACUAGCGAGCCAACUUGAAAAAGCUCAUUUGAGUCUGGCACAGGCAAGAGAGAUCACCAACGAGGUACGAGAAGCUGCAUAUCAUGGGAAGUUUCUCGAUAUCCGGUCAACCGUCGUCUUUGCGGUCUUCUUCUUUGUCGGCGUCUACGGUCUCGCCUGGAUCAGAGCUACCAAGCCGAGAUUGAUGCUGUUCGCCUUUUUCGGCGUCAGUGUGUUGGAUGUACUCUGCCUCUAUGGUCCACUCUAUCCUACACCGGACUUCUUGCUGCCUAAGUUCCUCCUCAUCCCAGCUGCAUUCUACUUUGCAGUCGCGCUUAUCUCCUCCUUGAUCAUCUUCCCCGAAUCAUUGAACCACCAAAUUCUGGGAUCCAUCAUCGAUGACGCGCUCAAACCACUGGUCAAGGAAAUCAAGAUCCAAGGCGAUAUCUUGAACGGAGAUCCAAGGGAGUGGGAUCACAUACAUGGCAAAGCGGAAGAAGCAAGAAGUCUACGAAAGGAGAUGGUACAGGAUAUUGAGGCUUUGGAAGAUAAUCUAUCACUCUUGAAGAUUGAAUUCAGUCGAGGGCAGUUGAACGCGAAGGAUGUUAUUGCGAUACACGAUCAAGUCAAGCAGCUUUCCGGUGGAGCGCAUGUGCUCGCUGCAUUCAUUGUCCUCAUGGAACAAGAUUUUAAGAUCCGCGAAGAGGCGUCGAAUCUUGGCCCAGAGGGAGAGGGGCAAGCCGGGACCUCCCUCGCGGAUCUAUUCUCGACGCUCGCGUCUAGCUCUCAAGACCUUCGGGAUUCGCUUGAGAAGAGCCUGCUCGAGACCAUUGAUUGGCUAAACGGAGUCAACACGUAUCGCUGGAGUCGACUACCCGAUCGUAUAGCGCCGAGAGAUAGCCGCGAGGCGUCAAUUCAAGACCUCAGGCAACACCUCGCUGCUUUCCGCCAACGCGACCAAUUCGCCCCUCUUCAGGCCCUCCACAGACUGCCAGACAGCAGCAGUGAGACCAUGGAUCUCGAGUCCUCGAAGAACACGCUGGACAUGUUUCGCUGUGCGGCUUUCAGCACCUCACUCAUUGGAUUCACUGAGCAAGUCAUCGCCUUCCUACAGCUGUUGCUGGAUCUCGACCAAGCUACUCCUGGAGCCAAGGCUCACUACCCCGCUGCGAUGAGCGCACUGAUGUCUGAGAUGAUGAGCCACAAGGACGUUUCGAGCCCUUUUGCAAUGGGCAAAGAGCACAAGGAUAGUGAUGUACGGAGCGAGAUCACACUUGUCGGUGACCCGGACUCCAAAUUGUCCUCUGGUGAAGGGUCAGGCUUUACACGUCGAAGCGUGUUUGGCAUUCCUCGAGCCUGUGUGGUAUGGGUCGGUCGACGAAUCAUCUCACCUCAAGGCAUCUUUGCCUUGAAAUUUGCCAUCGUGAGCGUGGCAUUGUUCAUCCCAUUCGUCUGCAAGAGUUCGACCUAUUUCGUCUACUUCAACAAGGGAUUCUGGGCCGUCAUUCUCGCCCAACUGAGCCUCAGCGUUUACUCUGGCGAGCAAAUCUCAAAUUUCAUGACUCGAGUCUGUGGCACAGGUCUGGGCCUCGUCAACGGGAUCGUGAUAUGGUACAUUGGAGCUCCAGGUAGAGGUCGCGGCAAUCCAUAUGGAAUCGCGGCGGCUACGAUGGUCUUCACCGCUCCGGCGCUCUUUAACCGAUUGGUGGCGCCAGAAUCUCAGAUGCCACUUUGGCUCAUGAUCGCAUUGAUGAGCGUCUUCGUCGUCGGGUACUCCUGGGUCGACGAUCACCUACCGGUCAUUGCGAACGCUGGCGAUGGAGCAGAAUUGGCCGGUCGUCGUGCCCUCGGAGUCUUGAUCGGAUUGACAGCGGCAUUCAUCGUCAUGUUGUUCCCUAGACCUUUCUCCGCCAAGAAAAACACGACAUUGAGUUUGGCAAAAUGCAUCAGGAGUACUGGUGACAUUUACCGUUUGGUGGUACGGGCAGCUAAGGAGAAUGAUGAGAGUGUUGGACGGACCCGAGAGCAGGACGAGGUCCAGGAAGGAUUGGACGUGAUGAGAUCAAAAUUCGUCGCUGCCAUUACUCAAGUGAUCGAUGUGGAGGAGAAGAUCGACCACGCGUCCCUUGAACCACACUUCCGAGGCUCGUGGCCAAAGGACAGGAUCAGAGCAAUUCAUCAUGCAGAGAACAGUCUUCUGAACGCUGUACUCUUACUAGGAUCGACAUACCCGCGACUGGAUCCUGAAUGGGUUCACCGGCUCAACGAGACGAGAUUGAUGGAUCGAGACAGGCUCCAGGCGUGUCUGCGUGAAUUCGACCGAUUCGAGCACAGUCUCAUGUCGGAAACAAAGUUGGUGCUGGACCAUGACCACGACACCGCAGGCGUCAGCGAGGACUUGUCAAAGGGUAUCACCGCUGUCGAGCUCUGGAGCAGAGUUCGCUCGUCGGUUUUAUCGGAAGUGCGUGGCGCAUCGGACAAGCGUGAGGCAGGAAGGGAUACGACCUGGGACGAACAGAUGCCUGUUUACGCGGCCACUGUGAUCGCUCUGAUAUAUACUACUACAGGAAUCGCACACCUCAAGAAGGAGAUUGCGGCUUUGAAUGGGACUUCACGCCAGGAUGAGAUGACGAUUGCCAGAGCGGCACGUUCUGUAUGAUGAUGAUAGUGAUGGAAGAAGUCGAGGCAUUGUAUCUUCUCAUAUGACUUCCCUUGUAUCGAAAUACUUUGAAGACUGUGGAUCAGCCGCGAAGUCCAGUCAUAUGGUGAGGCAUCACUUCGUCCGAAACCCCGCGAGCGGGCUGUCGGGACGAAAUGCGCCGCCCGUCUCCUGCAUGAGAUCAUAUCGUUAUUCGGCACCGACAAGGGCCAUCAUGAGCAUGCUUGCUGCAUUUGCUAACCCUCCAGAUUUUUCACAACUUCGUCUGUGAACGUGAGAGCAUGAUGGCUCACGGCGGGGGGAGCAGCGUGAGAGUGAGAAGGGCUGCUUUUUGCUGUGCAGUCUCUUAUUACUAAUGGAG